AUGCUGGAUAAAGAUAACAGCUCUAAACAACUCUGCUUGUCACCUUCGGUUGAAAAAAAUGAUGAAUUUGUAAGUUUAACAGUAAUAGCUGAACUCAGGUUGUUUGCUGGUGUGGAUGACAUUCCUUGCAUGUUUCAAGGCCACAUCGAGAAUGUAGUACAUCUUAAGCAACAGUAUGGGUUAAACAAUACUGCAAAUGAAGUGAUCAUUCUUAUUGAGGCUUACAGGACUUUGAGGGAUACAGGUCCUUAUCCUCCAGAUCAGGCUGUGAAAGAUAUUCAUGGAAAGUUUGCGUCGUUCUUUAUGAUAGUGCUUCGAGGAGAUGUUGGUGGCAGUGUGCCCUUCUUCUGGGGUACCGAUUCUGAAGGCCACCUAGUUCUCUCGGAUGAUGCUGACAUUGUGAAGCAUGGCUGUGGGAAAUCCUUUGCACCAUUUCCCAUAGGUAAUGUCAAUGAACUUUGCUUUGAAGGGAAAGGUCCUGCAACCUAA